CUCCUCUCACUGGGUCUCUGAGAGCCGACGGAGGUGGGACUGUUCUUAUCAGCCAAUCGAGAUUCAGCGAGGAGCAGCGGAUGGUAACUGGGCCAACGCUUUGGGCGCGUUGCUUUGGACGCCCAGGGGCUGAGUCGCUUCGGUCGCACUUUUUAGGCCAUUUCUGAAGCUUUGAGCUGGGCCCCACCUGGAGCCCUCCUGUACCCCGCACCCCAGCCCCAGGGUCCGAGAUCUGCGCUCCAGAUAUCCGUCCAGGAGAUCCCAGCCCCAUCUCGCCCCAUCCCCGCUGCUCUCACGGAGGGCAGCUCGCCCAUCUUUCCUUCCCAGGCCGACCCAGGGCCCCAGCGACUCCAGCAGCCGCCUGCCCCUCCGAGGCCCUGAGGCCCUCAGGGGUGGUGGUCGGGGGCUGUCACCAUGGUGAAGCUGGCCGCCAAAUGCAUCCUGGCAGGAGACUCAACUGUGGGCAAGACAGCCCUAGCCCAGAUCUUCCGCAGCGAUGGGGCCCACUUCCAGAAGAACUACACUCUGACAACGGGGGUGGACUUGGUGGUGAAGACGGUGCCAGUUCCUGACACAGGCGACAGUGUGGAACUCUUCAUUUUCGACUCUGCCGGCAAGGAGCUGUUUUCUGACAUGCUGGACAAGCUGUGGGAGAGCCCCAACGUUCUCUGCCUGGUCUAUGACGUAACCAACGAGCAGUCCUUCCACAGCUGCAGCCGGUGGCUGGAGAAGGCACGUGCGCAGGCUCCGGGCGGCUCCCUUCCAGGUGUUUUGGUGGGGAAUAAGACGGACCUGGCCAGCAGACGAGCAGUGGAUUCGGCCCAGGCCCAAGAGUGGGCGCUGAGCCAAGGCCUAGAAUGUUUGGAAACGUCAGUGAAGGAGAUGGAGAACUAUGAUGCCCCUUUCCACUGCCUGGCCCAGCAGUUCCACCGCCUGUACCGGGAGAAGGUGGAAGUUUUCCGGACGCUGGUGUGAGACCCUGCGGUGUAGUGCCGUCCUGAACCCCGCCAAGGGGGCUCUGGCUCCUCAGAAGGUGCAAGAAGCCGGAAUCCCCUCCUGCAUUCACAGAGCAUCCUGACAGCUGUCAAUAAAAGCAAGCACAACCCACAGGAAGCAGCGGCUCCUCUCCUUGGCUGGGCCGGUUCUGUGUUGCCCUUGGGCUGCUGUGACGCUGCCUGUUAUGCAGCAAUCCCAAGAGCCCCACUUGGAACCAGGUGGCUUCCCUGUGUGGUGGCUGGCUCUGUGGUGGGCUAGGUGCACGAGGGCUCCCCAAAGGCGCUUCUGCGGGGAAUGCCAAACCCUUAAGAUCUGCCGCAGUGCGAGGCUGGACUUGGAGUGCCUGAGCUGCAGCCAGGGCCGGUCCUUAACUUCUGGACAGGGUUUUGUUGCCUUCUGCCUUCCUAGAGGUCCCUGGAGGUGGCUGCUGUCCCCGACUACACAGUGCCCUCUGCUGCUCAGGCCUGGUGGCUGCUGGGGAAGGAUCCAACCUCUCCUUUUGGCUGUCAGGAACCCAGCACAACCUGCCUUGUUUGCACUGAGCUGGACUCUUUGCCAUGCAGUCUCCACUACCAGAUUGGUCUUCCUAAAACAAUGUCAUCAUUUCUCUGUCCCAAUUAAAGCCCUGCAAAGCUGCCUGCCUGCCUUUUACAUCUGAUACCCAAGGCCCUCUCGCCACCAUCCCCACCCCCCACCAGGGCUCAGGACUUCCUGCAGCCCCUGGGCCCCUGUGCAGGAUGCUGCUGCC